AACGAUCCGGAUGCGGAUCGAUUCCAGUUGGCUGAAAAGCAAGCGGACGGUGAAUGGAAAGUAUUUGCGGGCAAUGAAAUGGGUGCGUUGAUAUCGUGGUGGACGUGGAAAUCUUGGAAGAAAGAGAAUCCGAACGGAGAUGCAUCGAAUCUUUAUAUGCUGAACAGUGCCGUCUCAUCGUCUAUCGUCAAAACGAUGGCCACGAAAGAGGGUUUCAAAAAUGAAUUGACGUUGACCGGUUUCAAAUGGAUGGGAAAUAAGGCAGAUGAGUUGACGAAGCAAGGCAAACAUGUGAUAUUGGCCUGGGAAGAGUCGAUUGGUUUCAUGGCCGGGAAUCCUCUCGACAAGGACGGCGUCACUGCGGCUGGCAUCUUCGCCGAGAUGGCAUCGUAUUUACAUUCUGAAAAUUUGACGUUGGCCAAACAAUUGUUCAAUAUUUAUAAAGAGUUAGUUCAGUUCAUUGAUUCACUCUCAUUUUCACCUUACAGACUCAAACUUUCAAAAGAUUAA